AUUUCCUUUUUUCUUAGAUGCUUUGUGGAUUGCGGCGCAAUAGUGUCUGCAUCAAACAAGCUCCGGGUGACAUCAAAGUGUCUUAACUCUCCUUGUAAUGGAUCCACUUAUGAAUGGCGCUUGUCCAAAUUAAAUGGUUCAAAAUGGGUAAACAUAUCUAUUUUACCCAAUAUGACUUCCACUGCUGUAAAUGCUAGUAAUAUGAUCAUCAGGAAGAAUUCAUUGCAAUCCAAAUCAAAAUACAAUCUAACAUUAUUCGUAAAAUCUUUGGAGGGGACAUACGGGUUUUCUAUGUUCCUCUUCGAAACUGCAGGGGAGCCGCAUAGUGGUUACUGCACGCCGUCAGUCUCUGAAGGCGUUUCACUGGAGACUGAGUUUACUUUCAAGUGCUUCGAUUGGCAGGAUGUGAGCUUACCCCUCACCUAUGAGUUUACCCUUGGAGAGGAGCCUAUAUCUUAUGGCACAUCACCCUCGUCUGUAUCGACAGUGUUACCGACUGGAUUACCGGACAAAGAUUUUCUGCUAGAAGUCUCUAUUGUUAUCAAAAAUGCCGUUGGGGUAGCUGUUGAACAGAAAUUAUUUAUCAAGGUGCAGUGAUUGAUAUUACAUGGCAAAAAGGAUUCGGAACUAAACCAAAGAUUUUCAUGUUUUAAAAUUUUGAUCUACAUAAACAGUAUGUUCUAGGUUUUUUCUGUACCUACUUACCCCUGGAGUUUUUCCAGAAAAAACUUCCAGGAUCCUCCAAUAUCACGGCAUUGUUGCUAGGAUCCAUUUAAAAUCUGUAAUAUUGACUACAACGCCAAAGAACUCUUACCCCCGGACACAAAUUUUCGAUUUUCCUCACAAAAGACUACUAUAAAACUUUUCAUCUAUAGGUAAGGCCAUCAUCAAGCCUUGAUCCAUGUGUUUCGUCACCCGUGCAAGUUGCAAACAAGUUAAAAAGUUUGGUAGUCAUGGAGGGUAAUAAGCUUGAUGGAUUUCUCAACAAAGGUGAACUUAGCCAAGCUGUUCAACUUGGUAUAUCUGUCAUAAAGUCUACGAAUGAAAAAAGCGAAUGUGGAAAAGAACUGGACCCUAAAGACAAAGCUUUGGUACGUGGAAAAGAACUGCUUAAUUGUAAUAAGAAAGACUUAAACAUUUUUUCAGUAGCUUCUUUUUCAUUAUCUUUAUUACUACACAAUUUUGUUGCGAUUUCUAUCUAUCUUGAGUGGUAGGUGAGCGUUGAAGAUGUUUGACACGCUUCUUUUUGGUUGUAGAUCUUCAGCACAUUAAUUACGAAGUUUACAGCCAUAACACCAGAGAAUCUUGAAAUGUCUCGCCUGGUUAUGUCAGUGGUGAGCUUAGCUAUGGGAGCUGAGGUUGACGUCAACGAUAACAGCAACAAUGACAACCUGGUGCGCCCUAUAAAUAUAUUGAAUUUUCCCUCUUUCUCUAGACUUUUUGAUGCAAACAUUUCCGAUAAAUCAAUUUUGGCUUGUGCAUGGUAAAGGAAAACGAACUGAUCUCUGUUGCAAGUCCAUUAAAUUGAUAUUGAAUGAAUCAGAAGGUUACCGCUUUCAAAUUUCCAGCAAUGACGGAGUUUCAGCUAGUGCCUCCCUAAAAAUAGAUCAACUCGACUACUAACUGAGAAAUGCUCAGUGCGUUCGAGCAAAUGAGCCUCUGACUUGCCCCUAAAGGAUUCUGAUCACAAAUAAAUAAGGAAUCUUGACCUGAAGAUACUAACGAGAAAAUUAACGAAGUCAAACUUACAAGUAAACCUAGUUAAAGAACUUGCGUUUGACUUACGUUAGAAUCUCAGGAAAUGUCUUUAGGUUUUUUUUUUGUUGUUUUUUUUUCUUUCCGAAAACAUUGCUAUUUAUAUUCCGAAGAGCAGGAUGAUUCGUUGAUAUGUUUUUGUUUUUUUUUUUUAAUUUAAUUUUUUUUUUUUUAUCAGGAGUUGACAAUGCAAUUGACCGAGAGUACUUCAAGUAUGAUGAUCUCUACACUUAACGAUCCAGAGGAGCCUUUUACACCGGCGUUGGAACUAACAGCUACAAGCGUCACGGGCUGUCUUUCAAAUGUUCUGGAGUCUGCCGCAGGCUCGAGUCAAGACAGAGCAGAUUCGGCAGCUACCAAGCCAUCUCAAGAGGUACGGUUUGCAAACGCAGCUUCCGCAAUAAAAAAUGAAUUCUCCCCCCCGUGAUGACUCGUUUUAUUGGGCUAUGAGGGAAAAAUAAGAGUCUAAGGAGAUCUAACAGUCAUUUUUCAAACACGAUAUGGCUUACAAUCUCUCUCUCUCUCCUUCCAGUUUGUAAAAAAGGCCUCCGAAAAACUGAGCUCCAUGAGUGAUGCAUUUUUUGGCCGUUUGGUACCAUCAGAAGAUCUGGUCCUAAAAACUCCGCACUUAGUAAUAUCUCUGAAAAAGGUCACAGCCAAUGAUGCAAAAGGACUCAGCAUGGGAGAUGGACCAAGUAAAUUCAAGCUCCCUAGCAGCCUUGGAAAUAUAGGUGGUGGAGAGAUAAAUGCAAAGGUAUGAUGGCAUCCUUAUCUUAAUUUUCAUCUUUUAACGAAUAUGAGAAAUGACAAAGGUCAUUAGUAAUCGCUGAUAAUGACGUUAGGUUGUCCUUUAAGACAUUCAACUGCACGUACUUUAUUCGCGUGAUAAAAUAUUAAAGCAAUCUGCACUGAUCUUCUCUGAAUUCAGAAGACAUAAUUUCGUCAAUUCAAUUGAGCGAAAAAUGAAUCCAGUAAUACUGUGGUUUCAUUUGACAUACUUUCAAGCAACCUAACCUAUUGUAUAGCUUAUCAUCGUGUAAUCUAAAUGUUUGAAUGUAUAGAGUCCUAGUAAUAGCAGCCGACGUCUCAACAACCAUAGCUGAAGUCAUCACAAGAGUCAGUUGCCAGAGUUGGAGAGUCAGACUUUAAUAGACUUUGUCGUAUUUCAGAUGCAAGCUGUUGAUUUUAAUCCUUUUACAUGGGACAACAGCAGCAAGAAAAUCAAAUCAAGCGUCACGAGUCUCGAGCUUAAAAGUAACAGUGCAGAAAAGCUAAAUGUGUCAAAUCUUGAUAAUGACAUCGAGAUCGUCAUUCCGAUUUCUAAUCCACCAAAGAACUCCAGCAACACAACACAACAUUAUUUCCUCAAGCCUGACCGCAUAUCAUUCCGAAGUUAUUACGCAGACCUGGCCGACGUCCCUGUCUCUUUAAGCUUGAAUUUGGCCAUAACAGGAGUGCAAAUUGAAAUGCGGAUUAAAUUUGGACAACGACCAACGAUGAUGGACUUCGACCACAACUUUACUUUCGCGUUUAAGUCUAAAUGUGACAACCAAACAGUUUUUCAUACAACCUGCUUUACCAAAGGUGGGUCUGUUAAAGUGACGCCUUCUAGGCCGGGUUUUCUCUACGUGGGCUUGUUGUUCAAAGGCUCUAAGAAAGAUAGUCAACAUUCUAUGCAAAAAAGAUCAUGUUUCGAUCAUCGUCGCGAAAGACGGUCAUGUGUCGGCGUUAAAGAUCCACCACCGAAAGGAGUCCUUAAAACUAUGGUUCCUCAAUAUGAUCCAAAUACAGACAUUAACUACACUUUAACCAUCAGCCAGUCAAGCUGUUUGUAUUGGUCAGAGGAAACAGAAAAGUGGACUGCGGAAGAUUGCAGGGUAAAGUAAAUAAAGCAAAAUUUUUUAACUCCUGAUAAACCUAUACAUUAGGUUGGUGAAGUCCUUCGUGUCUCAUUUUUGUCCACAACGAGGAAACCUAUUAGCUCUGUAUUGAACGUAUAUCAACUGAAAACAAGUUUUGGAUUCCAAAAUUUCGGGAUUUUGUGGUCGAGGAGACGAUACUCCUCGAAAGAUGCGGCUUUUAGAGCUUAUGCCAAAACUUAACCAUAUCCGAUAUCAGUUCCUUUUCUUGCGGACUGAGUUUAGGUUAGUAACUUAGAGGGAAAUCAAUUUACAAAACUAUUUUCGUUGAAUUUCGAUAAUAUCUUUGAGGACAUUUAUAUUCACAGGUCAGCCAAGAUUCAAACACCACGCAUCUGGUAUGCCUGUGCAAUCAUUUGACAUCUUUUGGUGGAAACUUCAUCCAAGCACCGAAUCCAAUUGACUUCGACAAAGUUUUUACUGAGUUUUUAAACCUUGCUGAAAGUGGCAAUAUCUCAGUACUUGUGACAAUUGCUUGUUGUUUCCUUCUGUACUUCGUCGUAUUGAUCUUUGCAAGAAGAGCCGAUAAGGGAGAUGAAGACAAAGUAUGGUCAUAGAUGCAAGUACAUCUAAUUCAAUACUUUUAUUCCUACAUAGAUUGAUUUUUUUCUUUUUUAAGCUACUAUUGAAAUGUAAAUAAAACGUGCUACGUUCUUACCGGUAGAUGUCAACCCUCAGGUGAGUAUUUCGGAUUAUUUUUAACACCAGAAUGUAUCCUUCUUUUCAGAUUUGCCCUCCUAAAUUGAUAUCAGUUGUUGAGGGAGGAACAUAUUACUACGAUGUGGUUAUAAGCACUGGUGUUUGGAAACAUUCAGCAACAACAGCUAACAUAACCAUCAGUAUCAAGGGCGACUAUGACGAGCAGAGUCAAAUUCCUUUGCGAGAGAAAGGGGACACAAGCCAGUUUUUCGGACGAGGGAGUAUCAAUGGCUUUGUUCUGGUGAUGGCUGAAACCAUUGGCACAUUAAAAGAAAUUACUUUGGAACACGAUAAUCUGGGUGAUAACCCGUCUUGGUUUGUGGAGACUGUGGUCAUCAAAGACCGGCAGACGGAAGAAAGGUGGGUGUUUCCCAUAAAUAGAUGGCUUGCGUUGGAGAGAGACGACGGUCAAAUAGAGGUUACCGUGGACAGCACGACUUACUCUGCCUUCUCGGCUCAGGUUCGUUCGCGCUUUGCUCGAAAAAUUGCCGACAGUCACCUGUGGAUGUCAGUGUUUGGAAAAGCAUGUAGCAGCACCUUCACACGUGUGCAAAGAGCUUCAUGUUGUCUUUCAGUUCUGUUUAGUGCAAUGAUAGCUAAUGCCAUGUUCUAUAACAUUGGUGGUGAAUCCGAUGGUGCUAUACAGGUUGGGCCUUUUAAGUUUUCUUGGAGACAGAUUGUCAUCGGAGUACAAAGUGGUAUUAUCAUUGCACCUAUAAACAUAAUAAUUGCCUUCCUGUUUAAGUCUAGCAGACCGAGGAAGAAAAGGAGUGAAAAAUACCAAGUUACAGGCGAGGCCCAACGACUUUUGGAUGAAAUAACGAACACCGGUUGUAUGCUUCCUCAUUUCUUUGUCUAUGUGGGCUGGUUUCUCUGCUUCUGUACGACUAUGGCAGCAGCAACAUUUACGCUGUUUUACAGUCUAAUGUGGGGAAAGGAAACCUCUGAGCAGUGGCUUGCUUCCAUCUUGAUUUCCAAUGGACAAGAUAUUUUCGUUAUGCAGCCUACGAAAGUUAUGAUUGCAGUCAUCGCUAUUUCCUUUCUCCUGAUCAGAAAGAAUAAAGACCAACGUGAAGAAGAAAAAGAGGAAAUUGCAAUCGAUCCACUUGCAAUUGAAAUAGACUUUGUAAGUGAUGAUCCCAAACAGCGAUUUAAGAAAUAUCAGCGGGAAAAGAUGAGGGAGAGAUCAAAAAGAGAAGCUCAGUUAACAAGCAUGACAAGAGACAUUAUCCUUCAUCUGAUGUUUAUGUUUCUUCUGGCUAUCGUUUCUUAUGGAAACAAGAAUGGAAAUCGUUUCCUGAUGACAACUGAGAUUAGAAAUCGGUUCACUAAAUUCAAUGUGGUAAGAUUAUCGUUUUGGCCAAAACAUACUUUCUAGUUUAAAGAUAGAAGGCAUUUUUUGUUUUUAUUGCCCUUUUGCAAGAGAAUCCUAAAACCGUUAAAGAAUUGAAAUGACCUUUAAAAGAAAAAUUAGAACUAAGGUUAACCCUCUAACUGCCAGAUCACAUUUUCAAUUCUCCUUACUGUCAACCAUACUAUUUUUAUAAUAUUAGUGCAGAGAGUUUGGUACUAGAUCAACUUAGUAUCCCCAAAUUUAUGUUUUUCUUUAUUCUCAUCACUUAUCUGGCUGAUAUUGCAUUGAUAUUGUAAGGAGAAAUUCUGUGUUGGUCACUCAUGGGAGUUAAAGAGUUAAAGCAUUGAUCCCUGUAGGUGAGCUGCAAUUAGAGAAAGAUGCCUCUAAAUGCUAAGGCUUCGACAGGACGCCAAUCUGUGCCUUCCACAUCCCAACUGAUCUACGAAGCCAUAUGUUGGAAAAAGGCUAAUUAUUAUAGUUAGUUUUUUACUCUCGGCAAGGAAUCUGAACACUUUUGAUUUAAAAUUACAUUUCAAUUAAAAAAACCAAGUAUUUCAAUCAAAUGCAAGAACAAAUAAAAGGAACUGCCUUUUGUUUUGUUAAACGAUUGUGUUUAUUUGUUAUUUUGAUAAAUACAUCAACCUCAUCAGAUAACAAUGUCAACAGCUCAAAUGCAAGAACGAAUAUUAGGAUCUGCCUUUUGUUUUGUUAAACGAUUGUGUUUUUUUUUAUUUUGAUAAAUAUAUCAACCUCAUCAGAUAACAAUGUCAACAGCUCUCAGAGUCAUGUUUUUCAUUUUAGGUAUAUGAUGCACAAAGAUUUGAGGCAUGGUUAAGGAACGAAUUUCUGUCAAACAUUUAUAAUCAGGUGUGGUAUAACGGACUUGAAGAGAAAAACGAAGUGUACAUCGAAAACAAAAUGUCCAUACUAGUAGGAAUGCCCUGGUUGCGACAGCUCAGAAUUAAAAAAGGUAUACUCAAUUGAGAUUGAUCUAUUUUCUUUCUUUUUUUUUAAUGCACAGAAUAAAUUUCGAAGAAGGCUCUUAUUGCAAAGUGCUUAGACCAAUGAAAGUAAUAAAUUAUAGGAAAUGUAUAGGGGGCCUAAUUUUGAACUGAUGGGGAGUACCCACUUCUACUAGGCGUAUCUGCUACUUAUUAAAGUCAGUUUUCACCUUUGAUGAUCACGCUGUUGCUCACUUCCCGGUGUGCUGAAAAUUACACGAAAAAAAAACUUUCAAGUUACACACCUUAGAAAUCACUGGAUUUUUAAAUAGGACAUUGAUUUUGAGAUAUAAAUGUUAAAGAAUCAGUUUGUUUAUUUUCUUUUCAAUGAAACAUCAUUAAUAUAAGCUAAAGGUUCUAAAUUCGGUCAUUGUACUUCUCCUUCAAGGUUUUUGCGAAUCCCCUCCUAGAAUUAUCUCAACUUGCUACUACGACUAUUCCUCAGACAAUGAGGACACUACUUCCCUAAGCCUUCCAGGCUGGAAGCAUCUUCCCUUCAACACAUCAUGGCCAAAUGCUUUAGAAAUGUGCCCGAAACCUUGGCGAUACCAAACAGCAGCAGAACUUCGCAACUAUCCUGUCCAGGCGGCAUACAAUUCAUAUGAAGGGGGUGGUUAUGCAGCUGUUAUGGGAUAUGACGAAACCACUGCACAAGGUGUCCUCGAUGAAACUAUUGGCCACGGUUGGCUUGAUCGCCAGACUCGAGCUGUAAUUCUAGAGUUUGCUGUUUUCAAUGUCAAUACAAACUUGAUUAGCGUCGCCACAUACUUUUACGAGGCCUUAGCUACUGGUGCAGCCUACACUACAAGGAGAAUUGAAACACUGGAGUUGUACAGCACUGAGUCAGGAGCUUUGAUGUUUUUCUUAAUUGGCCAGUUUCUGUUCAUGGCAAUGGUUCUCUUUUACUUCAUAGUUAUGUUAGUUCACCUUUAUCGACAACGCUUCGGGUUCUUCAAGUCUGUUUGGAACAUGGUAGAUUUCUUCUUGAUAAUUUUCUCUGUAGCAUCUGUAGCAUUCUACAUGAUUAGAGCUAAAAGCGUUUUGAACACUAUCAAAUCUAUUCAAUCAAAUCCAUAUGAAGUCAUGCAUUUCCACACAGCCUUGGAUUGGCUUAACCUUGAAAAUAUUUCUAUUGCUGUUGCUAUUUUCAUGGUGACAGUCAAGCUUCUGAAUCUAAUUCGUUUUAAUCCACAUGUGAUAUACUUGUUUUCAUCUUUUCGGCAGUCUGUAGGCUAUCAACUCUCGUAUAUGUUCUUCUUUCUAAUCGUGUUUAAUGCAUUUGUCGUAACGGGUAUGCAGUUAUUUGGUGGUAUAGUCCUUGAGUAUUCUAGUUAUCUUAAUGCUGUAAUGUCACAAUUCGAAUUCCUGUUAGGAAAAGCGGUUCCGUUACAUGCUCUGCGGAGCGACAAACCCUUUAUUGGUCCUACGUUUGCGUUUUUGUUCUGUCUGUCCACUACUAUUUUCCUAAUGAAUAUGUUAGUUUCUGUACUCAAUGAUUCCUAUAGUGACGCCAAAGCAAACGCCGAGGAAAGCGCAGAAGAGCUUGAAAUGGCGCGCUUCAUUGAAGAACGUGUAAAGGAAAUGUUUCAUGAAGGGAGCAGUGGGACAGAAUUUAGGUUAUUUUGUGAUGAGACAACUAUUGUUAACAUGUGCCUUUCUGAAGCAGAGCCCUUCUGUUUGAAUUCUGAAGCUAUUGUUCGGAGCACAGAGUUACGAAUGGAAAACGUGGAGAAAAGACUGUCUGCUCUCAUUAAACGAACAGAAAGCAUGGAAGCUGACCUCUUACAGGAGAAAAAUGACUUUAUGAAUCUCCUGCACACAAUAGCAUAUUCUUUUGAACACGUUCCAGACAGACAAUCAUAG